UCAAACGUUCGAACUAUUAUAUGUACAUUUCUUUCUUCGCUGUUUCCUUCGUAACAGAAACUUAUGCAAAUCUAAGAAACGGUGAGAGACGAAAUAUCCGUUUGUACUGUGAAGCUUAGAAUUUUUUGAUCAUUGGAACCACGAUUUAUAUGACCGUGGUCAGAAUACGUGUGCAAUCGUGAAUCGUCCAAAAUCGUACAAUUGAAUCGUGUUUUUAUUAGUGUCUUUAUAAAAAAAAUAUACAGUAAACAAUUACAGGUGCAAGAAAGCGUAGUUCAUUUUUGUGGAUUGUUGAUCCUUGCAGCUUAGGUAGACACGUUGCUUCGGUUCCUUAGUUUUAGUGAUUGAUAUUAAGUUUCUUCUUGUUUCUUACAAUCGAUUGCUAUAACUUAAAAAACAGCAAUAACAAUGCAUAGACACGGUACUUAUGAUAGAUGUAAAUUCGUUCAUUGUAACAAUGGAAAACACAAUGGACACCGUUUGUUUCGAUUUCCAUCUAAACCAGAAAGACAGAAAAUAUGGAUAGAAAAUACAGGAAAUAGUUGGCUUCGAUUCUUAUCGACCUCCACGAUCAGGACUGCAGGACUUUGCGAUCUUCAUUUCCGAGAGGAAGAUUUUUGCGACGGAACGAAAAAGCGUUUGCUUCGGAAUCGUGAUCCAAUCCAUUGGAAGGAAAUAUCGACGCCCCAUGGGCAGACACAGGCGAUUGUUGAACCGCAAGAAUCAGGGAAUUCCACACAAGUAACAGUAGAAGUGCAGAAGCUUCAAGAACAAGUACCAAGUCCAAGAGAAAUCUGUGAUAAAAAUCUUCAAGAAAAUGUUAACUGUGAUAAAAAUCUUCAAGAAAGUAUUAACUGUGAUAAAAAUCUUCAAGAAAAUGUUUACUGUAGUAACCUCGACGAUUUUAAUAUUAGAAAACAGUCGAACCCUAAUUUAUAUCCUUCGGGGAAAGAAUUGUUCUUUAACACUGCUUCGGAUGAUACCGAUUUGUCAUUUUUAAAUUACGAAUUAGGUGUACAAGCACCUAUACCUUGCGAAAAUGUGACAGUUGUUUCACUUGUAUCAAAAAAAGAUUUUCGAUGCUCCAAAGAAUGUAAAAUAUUGGUUGAUUCCUUAACAAAAAAAAUAAAUCUUUUACAGAUAAAGAUAAAGCGAUUGGAAAAGAGAGCAAAAUGUGUACAAAGUAAAUAUUCAUAUGUACGCAAGCAAUUAGAAAAGCAACUAAGCCAAAAAAUUCGCAAUAUUGAUGAUUUUUUAGUAACGAAUAAACUAGCUAAGGAUGUAGGUCCGACGGCGAAGACUAUAAUUAAACUACAGUUGCGUACAAAAAAGACUCAAUAUACAGACGACGAGAAAGAGUUAGCAAAACAAAUUUAUUUUCAGUCACCAACUAACUAUACUAAAUUGCGAAAUGUGGGUUUGAUUUUACCCUCAGAAUCCAUAGUUCGAACAUGGUUCUCCAAGUAUGAUGGUUCCGGGAAUGAAUGAAAUGAUCCUUUGAAAAAUUUCUGUUUAUGUAAUUGAGAAGUUCGAUAAAAAAAAGGGGGCAUGUAUGCAAAAAAUCCCAUUUUAAGAAAAUUGAUUUUAAAGUUUUCAUUAUGGUAUUACUUAGCGAAAAGUAAUUGAAUCCAAUUUUUUUAAGGUGUAUUAAUAUAUUCUUGAAACGUUCUGGAAACAGAAAUAAUGAUUGAAAGAUGAUAUGCGUUUUUAUUUAUAAGCUUUAAAAAAUUGAUUUAUGUGCCCUUCUUCCAUAAAUAGAGUAAAAUUAUUUUUUUUAUUAUUUAUUUAAGUAUAAUUUUAUUUAUUUAUUCAGUUACAAAUUUUUUUUUAUACAGAACUUACAUAAAAAAUAGAAGCUUAAGAUCAAAGUUAAACAAGAAAUUAAAUUUCUUAAGUAAAUAUUUUUAUACAAGUUGCAUGUGUAACUGUAGUUUACGCUUUUAUUUUCUGAUGUCACCUUAUCUAACUCCAAUGAGUUAUGUACAGGUAUACUCAUCAUCUUUUUUUCAAAAAUGUUACACUUCCUCCUCGUUAGUUAACAUGAAUUUAUCUUUAUCAGGUUCGUUUGAUACGAUCUUCGCUACUUGAAGAACGUUUUCAAUCCGUAUUCUGCUGUCCUCAUCCAGAUAUUAGCAUAGACUUCUUGCGUCCUCUCCGCGAUCAAUUCUCGUAGAGCUUGUUCAAUCGUUAAAAGCUCUAAAUAAUUUAUGCGCUUCUUUCAUAGGGAUUUAUUUCAGAAACCAUAGGCUUUUUUUUGUCUCCGUUUACUGGAUCCUAACCGAAUGCACAUAGAUGCAUUAGUGUAUAUUGUUACGUUAAAUUUUCCCGAAUCAAUCUUUUUAAUUGAGCUUAUUCCUUAUUCGGGAUGGCAAAUCCGUUUUCCUGUACAAUUAACGUUUCUCUUAUAUAAACAGCCGAAUCAGUGGUCAAUUUAUUUACGUCACCUACUUUGAUUUUAGAUUAUUUGACAAGCAGGGCUAUAAGGGUUUUGGUACGAGGAGGUAAGUCAAGGUCGGGAAGAAUUCGUCGGAAGACGAUGUAAACAGGGGAAAUUCCUUAUCACCAAUCUGAAGACUAUUCGCCUCAUCGUUCCUAAAUUUCAACAUCGCAUUUCGACUUUCUAAAAACGGUAUUUCUAAGAUUCCUGUCUCGGCAAUGGAAAAUUCAUUAUUUACAAUUUGAAAGUUUACAUCGACAUAAUGAGCUUUUUAAUGAUAAUUUCGUCACAAGUAAGUAUGAUUAUUGAAUCAAUGCCUGUGAGAUUGUAGACGAUAUUAGUAUUUACCAUUUUGCUUCAUUAUAUUAAUUAUAAUUUUAAUGCGAGGUAAAAUUUAAAAAAGAGGUAUUCGAUGACUUUACAGCAUUAUGUUGAGGAACCAUUUUUGAAUGAGGCGACUGACUAUCGAAUUCAGGUAAUUUAACAACAGGAGUGUCCAUUUGCGUUGUCACGAAGAUUGAUUUUUGAGGAUGCGAUACGUCGGUAGAAGAUUCGGGAUUAGCAGUAACAACCAUGGUUGAAUAAGGCAAUUGGUUCUUCAUUUCGGGGAAGAUCAACGAUGAAGCUACUUGCUUAUGUUGACAAAAGACUUAAUUCUGAAAAUUGUGAUAUGUCAACAUGAGAUUCGACUCGCAUGGUUUCAAAAAAUAUAUCUUCGACAUCAAAAAAUGAAAUAUUAAAUCUUAAACUACGACUAUUUUUACAUUUCUUAAAACUUAACUCAAGGUUCAUACAACCUAACAAAUUUGAUUACAAAAUAACUAUGUUUGAUAGAAUACACGAUAGACAGGAGAGAAUUUACAGAUUACAAUCUAAUCAGGUGGUACUUAUUUUAUACGCAGGCUAUUUUGGAGUCCAGUUGAGUCCAAUUUUCCAGAUGUUGAUCUCAUUCAGCGCUUGGAUACCAGGUCGCAGGUCGCAGAUCGUAAUAGUCCUCCAAUAAUUGCCAAGAAAUCCAAUUGCGGUAUUCGUUCAAUGUCUCGAUGACUGACCAGGGAAUGGAUCAAGAUAUGUCGGGUGCAUUUAGCAGGAAAACUGUGCAGAAAUUCAAGAGAAAGAGAUUGCAUCUUCGCAAGAAGCCACUCACCAGCCGGCAAUAGGGGAAAGCUUCCUCUCGCCAUCGAUCCUCAAGUGUUUCGCCGUCUCUUCAAGAUUCCACGGAUAUUUUGCGUAUCCCAUUACUGUCAGCAAAACUGUUACUGUUUCGGCCUAGUUUGUUAGAAAGUCGACAUUUUGGAGCGAGUUCGGAUGCCCGUGGAACGUUGAUCCGUUCUGCUCAUGAUGGCUUCGAUAAUAACUCAAAAUGUAAUAUAAAACCAAUCAACAUAUAUUUGAAUUAUUUAAAUAUUUUAAAACAACAAAUUGAACAACAACUUAAAUUUUACAAGAAGGAAAAUUUUGAGUGUUUUGUGGCAAACAUUGUAAGUGCCAAGAAACAAUUUUUCGGAAACGAUUCUUCACCAAGAAACGAUUAAUUACUGUUUAUUGGGGCUUAUAUUUUUCUCUAUAGAGGCGACUAUGUAACACGAUAUUCUAGUAUUAUUAAUAAUUAUCUAGAAAGGGAGGUUGCACUUAAAUUCUAUAUCACAGUAUUCUCAUUAGUAUGUAGGAUAUUUAUAAAAAAUCAAAAAUUUUCAAUUUUUUCACUUACUAUGUUUUCUGGAAGCACUCGUCAACUAACUUCGAUAUUGCAGAAGGAAGCUUUGAGACACAAUAUGUUUGAAUUCUUUGAACGCUUUGAUUAAUUUACCUAUAAAUCUCGUGGCUCAAAUGUAUCUCUUCCAAUUACAAAAUAACAAAUUGCGAUUUUUGUUACGUCCAAUCAGAAAAAUUGUUAAUUACUAAUGUCAAAUACAAAUUAAUCUCAUUAGUGGUUAUCAUAAUGCAGAGCGAACCUUUUAUGCCUUGACAAUGCCCCUUCAUAUGACAACAGAUAUAAAUAUCGAAUUGGCUAGUGACUCUAGCCAGUACUAAUAAGCACAGAGAUAUAAAGAUAGAGUACGCGAAUCACAUAUUACCGGGUAAUUGAAUGCAAUUUUAUAUCGCCCAAUUGUAUACUAGUAUUAAGGAGAUCCUAAUUUGAAGUUACAAAAAUAGCCAUUUAAUUAUGAUAAUUAUAAAAAUCCAACUUUAGGUACGUUUCAAAUUCUAAGAAAAACGACUGGCAAUAUUUUCUUGUAGCUUAUUAUGUGUUAUGUUGGUAAUUACUAUAAAAAAAAUCAGCUAUUGAGAUAUAGUAUAACAUCACUGGUCUCUUUUGCAGUUUUGACAUAUGUUUUCGUUAAUUAAUUUCAAAUUAAAUAAUUUUUCGGUUUCGAAUCUUUACUAACUUUUAGAAAGUUAGUACACGCUGACUAAGUUGCUUUUUUGCAGUUCUUAAAAAUUGCAUCGUUUAUCGCUGGCUGACUUGUUGUAAAUUAUGACAGACGAGUAGUCAUUCAACCAGAUCCAACACUUUACUCUCGAGUGUGCUCACAAGGUACUUGAGAUACUCAAGUAGUUACAUACUUAAUAUGUUUAUAAACACUAUCGAUGUGCUGUUACGUCGUUCUUGCUUUCUUCUAAUGCUUAUUAAACUGAACUCACGUAAAAAACUUUUGCGCCUAUAAUCAAAUAGAUGACACUCUGUAUGAUCCUGUGUAACCCCACUGCGUGACUUACCUUAUAUUAAAUAAAUUAGUUAAAAUCGAAGUUAAUUAAGAUUCAAAGAAUUGUAAUGUCAUGUGUUAUUACUGAUGGCUCUUAAUAGGGUGAAUCUAUGAUGCUGUAAAUAGAAAUUCUAUAGCAACAUAGUCGAUACAACAAAGGAAUUUUGAUAACAGAUUUUAUCAUGAUUUUAUUGACUAAGUGUUAUAAUUAUUAGUCAUCAUUGAUAACUAGUUGUAAUCACUCGUUUGUUUGCACGCUUACUUUUGUUGCUAUGAAAAGGAACAUUUCUAAAGUAUAAAAUGCCAGCUUUUUGAUAUUGUGAUGAACACUAAUUAGAUAUAUUUUUACUAACAUUAGCUAUUAACAACUAACUCAACUGGAUAUAAGGUAAAUAGAUAAAUAAAUAAAAUAAAUUUAUCAGUUAAUAAUGAGGAUAUAUUAUUAUAUAUCAGACAACAAACAUUAGAGAUUAAACUUCUUGUUGCGCUUGAAGUGUCUAAGCUUUUUCCAACUGAUAACGUAAAACGCUUUCUGUUUUUCAAUUCAUUAUUCAAUCAAAAUGCUUAAGAAUUAAUUACAUAAUGUAUAGGCAACUUGCUCUAUUUAGGAGAUUCGUAAUUUCUUAAUGAAAUUUUCCUUCAUGUAAUUUCACUAUCAAUUAACGAUCACACUUACUGGUUUCUGACCUCUUUGUAGCCAUGUUUAAGAAUUACUAUUCAUCAUACUAUUCAUUAUGAAAUACGCGUUCGAAUACUUAUGUAACUUGCGUAAGCGAUAUAUAGAUUGCUUUUAUUGUGCUAUCAAUCCUGCAUACGUAGUCGGAUCUUUUUCUAAUUUUAUUCAUACAUUCUCAAGAUUUGUACUUUCUGUUUGAGGUCCGCGAAUUUCUUUUUUUUAACUAUUUGGAGACAUUCGAAUGUAUUUUGUAUAUAUACAGUUGUACAUAUACAAUUGUAAAAAGAAAUUUAUAACAGCUUGUUAUAUUUUUUGUUUGCCUGAUCAACAGAAGCUUAUCUCAGAGAAGUAAUGUAUACACGACCGUAAUUAGGUUUGGAUAAUUACUAACGCUAUUAUGUAUUUUGAAGCAUCAUGCGAAUUUACAUAUAGAUACAUACAUGUAUGUACUUACAAAUUAUUGUUAUGAUACCGUAAUGGAUUGAACUUCUCAUUCACAGGUUUACACCGAGUUUACAACUUUCUUUUAUAUCAUCUGAUAAUUUUUGCUGAAUAACAUAAACUUUCGAUGCGCCUAACUUUUAAAAUAGCGAUCUCCUUGCCUUAAGUCUGCUAUGUUUGCAUUUUACACAUCUAAAAUAUAUAAGAUAAAAAUAGGUUACAAAACCGGUCUUUCUCAAAAUAAAAUUUAUGCAAAAACUAUAUUUAUACAAUGCAAAUUAAAAUGUAUUCAGUGUACAGAAGUCAUAUAUACACACACACACAACUUUUAAGCUUGAAAUAUUGGACCACUGUCUGUUGUAUACUUGAAUUUAUUUCAAAAUUUAUAUUCAAAUAAAGUAAUCUUGAAUCGUU